UUUAGGGGGAAAUGCCGGCGCCCAGACGGACAACACGUGUCGAGUUCAUUCAGCUUUUACAUGUUUGUUCAAUCUAGCUACGAUGGAAACCACUACAAAACCAGUCAAGCGUUUCGUCUGCUCGUUCCCUGGCUGCCCGGCGGCCUAUAAUAAGCAGUGGAAACUGGACUCUCACGUAUGUAAACACACGGGGGUCAGACCGCACCGGUGCGAGCAGCAGGGCUGCGGCAAGUCCUUCUGCACCGCGUCUCACCUGCAGAGACACCGGCUCACGCACAGCGGGGAGAAGCCCUUCGCCUGCACCGUGGACGGCUGCUCGGAGUCCUUCACCACCAACGCCAACCGGGCUCGACACGUCCUUCGGCUUCACGAGCAGAAGAAAUACGCCUGCAAAGUCGAGGGCUGCGGCCUCGAGUUCAGGAAGAACAAGCAGCUCAAGUCCCACAUGUGUGACAUGCACACUCAGCUGCCCACGCACUGCUGCACGUACCAGGGCUGUCAGAUGAGAUUCACCUGCCCCAGUAAACUCAAGAGACACGAGAAGGUGCACCAAGGGUACCCUUGCCAAGAGGAGGGCUGCACCUUCACGGGGAGCAGGUGGACGGAUCUGCAGAAGCACAAAAAGGAGCAGCACAGGGUCCUUUGGAGGUGUGAGCACUGCAGCAAGGUGUUCAGGGAUUCCUGGUUCCUAAAGCAGCAUCAGCACGUCCACGCCGACACCAGAGUGGUCUUCAGGUGCCCCAGGGACGACUGUGACCGGUCCUUCACCACCCUUUUUGGACUGCAGAGCCACAUAACAUCCUUCCAUGAAGAAUUGCACCCUUUUGCCUGCACCCGGCCCGGCUGUGGGAAGACCUUUGCCAUGAGACAGAGCCUCCGGCGUCACAGUGUCGUCCAUGACCCAGAGAGAAAGAAGCUGGAGAGAAGUAAACCUAAAAGAUCUCUUGCUUCCAGAUUAAGUGGUUACAAAGAAACAAAGACUGUGAUCAACAAGAAGCACCGGGAACCCGAAGCACACAGAGGAUCCUCUCUGCCUGGACCUGUGUCGUUGGUUUCUCUCCUGCAGGAUACGUCCCUGCUGUGCAGCGCUGCUGAGAGUGCUCAUGGACUGAGUAAUGCUCUCGCUGCACCUUUAACGACAUAGACUUCAUUGAAAGAGUUCAAUGGAGUAUUGUAAAGGCGCUAAGCACGUACAGAGUGUGUUGCUUGAUUUGUGCUUAGACACAAACUGGAGCUUAAGAUGAAAUUACCAUCUGAAUUAAUUUUGUGGUAUCUACUGUCUAUAUCAGGGGUAGGGAACGCUGGUCCUAGAGAUCCGUAGUCCUGCAUGUUUUGGACAUCUCGCUGCAUCAACACACCUGAUUGUAAUUAAUGAUCGUCACCAGCUUCUCAUUCAGGUCUGCACAAGUGUGUUAGUGACGCAGUCCUCUGUAUCAGGGUGUAAAGAAGCAGGGAAACUAUAUGUUUUGGAAGAAAUUAUUUGUAAUGAAUGUACAAAGUAUGUUAAGACCUAUGAAACUUGAACAUUUUCAGUUUAUCCAGAGCUUUUAAAUUCUCAACUUGGUUUAUUCUUUUCAGUUUUAAGGUGGCUGAAGGAUUUCCCAGCUGACAAGAUAGAAAGCAGAGUGCACCUUUUACAUGUCUUUUUCCAUUUGUGUUUCAGAGAUAUGUAUUUCGUUUGUACUGUUAUAUUUGAUAAGAAAAUGUGAGUUUUUUGUUUUCUUUUUGCCCAAAAGUAAAAAACAAA